AUGCCUUUCAACUACCCCCACACGAUGACCGACCCGUUCUUCUAUCCGGAUCUGAACGGCGUCUUCCCUACUGUCUCCUCCCCCGUCUCCGACAUCGACAUGCCAUACCAUCUUUCCACUGCUGCCCCAUUUUCCGACGCAGCGUUUGGCGCCUGGUCCAUGCCGGACUCGGACGAGAAGAAACGCAAGACUUUGCCCGACACUACAGCAGAACAGCAGGAGAAACGACGGGCGCAGAAUCGUGCCGCUCAGAGGGCAUUCCGCGAGCGCCAGAAACGACACACGCAAAUCCUCGAAGAUCAGGUCUCCCAGCUCAACCAGAAACACAUCCUCCUCCUACAGUCGUACGCCAAACGGUCGGACGAGAUGAAUCACCUCCACGACCGGAUUGUCCAGCUGCAGCUGGAGAUUGAACAGCUGCGUGCCGCGGCACACAAUGAAUCUUCUUCUCCUUCUUCCACUGCUUCUUCUCCCUCAUCUACAGAUUCACCGUGUAGCAGUCGGCACCCGUCAAGAGCGUCCAUAAAGGAUAAUUCCGGGGGCCAUCUUUGA